UUCUCUCCCUCUCCGAUAACCAAUCGACGGCGCCAGAUGACGCCAUCGAUCGCAGCACUUUCAAACGAUCUAGCCACGCGCGCCACAGCGCUGACCAAUACUUAACGAUGACCGCACAGCCGACCACCAAGGUUUCCCCGAACCCACCGCAAAAGCCACCGAGGAAACUGCAGGGCAUGUCGGCUCACUACGAGUCGUUACCGCGUUCCGCCGCCCGUCAGAAACAGUGCCAGACGUCGUAUUAUAACGUUGAUACGAAGAAUCCGAGUUCAGUGUUUGCCCACGUGCAAACCAAAAGAAAUCCGACUGUUGCCUCCACGUCCGGCUACGAAUUGGUGUAUUUGGCGCGUACGGGGUCGCGUGCCGAUGCUUCUGACGCCGUUCCAGGGCCACGAUUUCGAGUGGAGAGUACAAGCACCUACGUAGAAAUGGCCGGAAGGGAGCCUUCCACUUAUGAGAACGUUGUACUACAUCAUUCGGGCGUCAGCGUGGACGAUGAUUCGAUUUACGACAUCCCUCGCGAGCUGGGCGGCUCGAAAGCUUAUGAGAACGUCAGCUUUAAUCUCGCAGAUCAAACUACUACGUCACUGCCGGCCGUGUCUGGUUCAUCUUCGCCGAAUUCGACCACUCCCGAAAGCCCGUCCCGAUUGCCCAACAUGCCACCAACGCCCGAUCAUCCGCCUCCGCCGGCCCACUUGGCAGAGCAGAGCAUUCAUCUAAGGAUAAGGCCACUCAGUGAAGAAUUCAAACGUAAAUCUCGGGAUAUGGAGACGGAAACGGAAGAAGAAAUGUUUUUGACUUUCUCGAACGAAUGCGACGCGGCGGGCAGUAGCAGCAAUGGAGGCUCCGUGUCCGUCUCGCUCUCCUUGUCGGAAAAAAGCCUGUCAGCCGACAAUAUGGAGGAGGUAGUCACUAGUGAUCAGCCAUACGAAGGACUGUUGCGAGGAUCAGUACCCGCCAUCAAAUCUUACAUGGAUCGACCCACUUCUUUGGCAACUCAUGGCCCUGCUUCUACGUCGUCAGUUGAUCGCAGUAGCGAUGCGACAUCCGUCAUCAGCGAAGGAGCGAGCAGUGGGAACCGACAGAACCGAACCAGCUUGUCGGUUUUGAGUCCGUUCAACGAGGAAGAAGAAUGGACGAAGAUCGUCGAGAUGCUCAACUCUUGCAACAGCGGCUUGCAGUCCGUCAGCGAUGGGUCGGGCGGUGAUGACUCACAUCUGCUCGGCGCCGUGCAGCGCGAAUUUCAAAAUAUACUCGACGCCAUGGGCGGGGCGCCGGGUGAAGUCAAGAACGAGGACGUGAUCGAAGUGCCACCGAUCGGUAAUCACGGCCACGAUAACGUAGCAGACUGGCUCCUGUCGCUCGGAUUUCAACAUUAUCUCGGCCUGUUCAUUGCCAAUGGAUUUGACGACAUCGACUUCCUGGGCGAUGGCAUCGCUGAUGAUUCCAGCUUGUUGGAGAUUGGCGUGCUGGAUUCAGAACACCGCAGGCUGUUGGUGAAGGCGUCCAUGUUGUUGAAAACUCCGUUGCACAAGAUGAAUUCGGCCGGCCGGCCGGAGACGGUCGACGACUGGCUGCAUCUGCUUCGCUUGGACCACUACAGCGAACAAUUCCACAAGAACCGCUACGACGACAUGGAGCGUGUUGGCCGCAUCUGGGAGGUCGAGCUGACGACCGUCGUCGAGAUCAGGUUGGUCGGCCACCUUCGACGCAUCCUCGUCUCCCUGGGCAACGGGGUGCAACCGCAUCCGGCCAAACUGUCCAACGGGUCCGUUGCUGUUCCCCCUAAUAGUAAACCACUUGAAAGUCAAGAUGAUUUAACAGCUUUGUCUUCCGAUCUUAAACUCAUCUCGACUAGUCUUGCCCGGCUGGAGGAUGAAAUCAGUCAGAAGAUGAUCGAAACAAUGGGCAAUUCGCUAGCGCCAUCCGGUGUUAACGAAGUCAGCAACAAGAACACCAACAACACCCUGGGCAGACGGAAAUCGCGGCCGGCUCCACAACCUCCGCAGUUGGAUGUUAAACAUGUUCGCCAACCGGUGGAACGUUUACUAGCUGAAUUAGCCAUCCGUAACCCCACAGAGCUGGUCAUCGGUAUCGCCAAGACGGUGGCCACCCAGUGGCGACACAAACCUCAAAAUCUCUUGCGACCGGGUGUCUGCUACGAAGCCCAGUAUUUGGGCUCGACGUUGGUAAGGCACGUCCGCGGAACCGAAUCGACCAAACGAUCCAUCCAGAAACUGAAGAAGAAGAAAGCGGAAGAAGGUGGCAGACGGACAACCAGUAUUGUUUUGGCCAUCUCCAUCAGCGGCGUCCAGUUUCUCGACCCGCAUAAUCAGGAGACCAUCUGCAAGCACGAAAUCCGCAAUAUCAACUGGGCCUGUCAGGAUGCUGACGAUCUCACUCACUUUGCCUACAUUACCAAGGAUCAUGAAUCGACGCAGGACCAUUUCUGUCACGUCUUCCAGGUCAAUUCCAUGGAUUUGGCGACUGAAGUCAUCCUAACGUUAGGCCAAGCGUUCGAAGUGGCCUAUCAACUCGUCCUCCGCCAGGAAGUCUACAGUCCUUGCAAGGAAGAUUCUAGUCAACCAACUGUUCCAGCGCUGUUGAAUCCUCCAGUUCAACGUUCUCCCUCUCCGUUAGCCAUACCAGUAUUAUCGAAUUCGAGCGCCACGGUGACGAUACCCCCAGCCAUUGAAGUGACAACGGCGGUAGCACAGCCUGCAGCAGUUGCUCCGAUUGUGACAUCCAUUGCAGCUACCAAUAAUAAACCGGCGGGAGUGGGGCGGUAUGUUGUAGAUCCGAAUCGAAAAAUCGGGCCAAAACCGACUGUUUUGCCACCGAAACCCAAACUGGGAACGGCGUUGCUUCAUCAACGACCUGGCGGUCAGGGUAUCAGUCACGCACGAUCCCAUUCGAGCGUUGACGGUAUGCCCGUAGCGUCUGGUGCCGCCAGCGCCAUGAUCGAAACUCGCCUGCACUCUGAAUCCAACCUGGCCAGCCUUCAGACCAGCAAUAGGCCGACGAAUGCCACGAUGAUCUCGCAUCCUUCGUCAACUUCGGUGUCAUCAAUCGGAUCGGGACGAGCCCCUCUGGCCGCCAAAGAUGAGCUUUAAAUUAAAAAAAAAAAAAAAGCAAAACAAGCAGAAGGAUAACAUGAGAUUGCUUCCUAUACUCUUUGAAUAUGAGCCCCUCAAGCUUUUUUUUACAUCUUGAUUUGCCCUGUAAUUGUUUCUUCUUUUUUCUUCGCUACUAGGUCAGCUACCACGUUCUUCCUUAUUCAUUCGAGUCACGGGCUUGAUCUUGUUGUCGGGUUCAUUCGACCCGCUUUGGUCUCGCUCCCCCGUUUAUUUCUGAUACGCGUCUAAUGUGAAAGUCAUGAUCGGAUAGGAUGUAAGGAUAUUCCGCAGCAGAAGCCUAUAGUAUUAGAUUGUGCCUGACUGGGUUUCUGUAAGGGGCCCUAGAAGACAAAAGGCCGUGGCGAUGGAACUGUUCAUGCAGCAGCUUCUAUUUUUUUGUUUUUGUUUUUUUUGCGCAUCCACAUUUCAAAUUGCAAAGGGGCUCUUUCGAGUGUUUGCUGAACUUGAAAUUGUGUGCUAGAUAAAUCGUUACUUAAACAGCCCUCGUUUAUUGGCCAAAAUGUUUUCAACACGAACGAACAGCUUAUCGAUACAUUGACAGAUGUUUGUGUUUAAACCAAAUGUACUACGUGCGCAUUACAUCCACGAUAUAACCGUCUACAAAAUAUUUAGAGAUCUCUUUUCCCUUUUUAUACUGGAACGCCCUCGCCACCUGUUUGAAUGUGAACGGAUUCUAUUCAAAUUAAGGAUUGAGAACGACGUCGAUUACUUGUCUGAUUUGCUUCAUUUUAAGUUUUUCGUAUACGAAAUUGCUCUGCUGUUUGCUGAGGGUGGCGAUAGUUCAAGUCACGGGAACAAUUUGAAACGCCUGCGUUGCUGUUGGCUCUCGGUCAAAAUCAUUUCAACUAACAAUAAAAAAGAUGACGCGUUGCUGUGACACUUCCAUUUGUGUCUCUUGUACAGUUUUUAGGCUCUAAUUUUUGUACAUGGCUGUGCGAUGUGUGUUUUGCUAUGCGCCAAUGGCUCGAAAAAAAAAAUUAAACGGAGUUUGCGGAUGCCGUUGCGGCUGCGCAUCCUCAAUUGUCCGACUGCAAUUUCCUUAUGCGAUGUAGACCCUUGAAUUCCUGCGUGCUCCUCAACGAUUAUUUAUAUCCUUUUGCAGUAUUCCCCUCUCUGGUCACGUGUUACAUGUACUGACCAUGAUAUUUACCACCUUGGCUAAUGACUUUGUAACGGAUCGUUUUUAAGGCCCUCCCUCUCGUGCUGCUGUUUUUGUUUUCUCUCUCUUCCUUCCGCUCUUUUAUUUGAUGGAACCAGUGUAUUACAAACUAAUUGUGCAAUCGGAGAAAUCAAGCCUCCACGUCAUCGAUCAUUACACCCUUUAAAACGAA